AUGGUCUCAACGUUCAACAUCUACGACUACCCCCACAUCUUCGCCCUUGUCGGGAAGUACUGCGACAACGAAACUCGCUUCAAGCUGCGUUUCCUCUGCAAGGCCGCCAGAUACGAGAUCAACCGGAACAAUGACUGUCACCUGCUGGUCACCGUCGUAGUGAAUAAGUUGGUCCUGUAUUCCUACAAACCCGACCCCGAUACGAGAUACCUGAUGCCCCCCAUGAAGCACCGCCUCACAAGGUACUUAGACAAGUGCUUGGCUUCACCUACUCCGAAAAUCCGGGCCGCCUUUGGGUAUCCUAGGUUGAUCAAGGUCCCCUGUGAGACGCUCGAGUUCCUGUACGCGAGUUACGGUAAACUUGACUACCACAGAAAGCUCGGCAAGAAGGGCUCCAAGGUCAAGACUGUCGCUCUUAUGCCGCCUCCCCUGCUUGAGCCCAUCCGCGAGGACUGCAUUCUGGAGUUGAGUCACUUCGCCCCCGACGAAAACUGCUGCCAGCUACACAAUUCCCUCCUGCUGCCUCACGUCCACGAACUACGCUUCCAAUACUGGCGCGAGGACCGCGGCGGUUGCACAUGUGCCUCCGUCGAGCUCGUUCACCGCGCCACUAUUCUGCGCCUCUCGAUGAAUGAGACGACCUACUUCUGCGGUGUUGUCGCCGCCGCGUUUGGACCGACCGUUGAGGAGCUGAGGCUCGUUGUCAUGACGGCCGAGUCAGCCACGGCUUACCUCAAGACCAUCAAGAGCAAGCCUCGUCACACUAAUCUCAAAGUCUGGGUCACGUGCUUCGAGAACCUGUGCUCUGGAGGCGUGAAGCGCUUCAGAAAUGAAUGGACCAACAUGCUCGACGUCCCUGUUGCGUUGAGGGUCCAGGAGGGAGGCUGUUCAGAAGCGGACGGAUGGGCGAGGCCGUUCCUCAUCACUGAAGACUGGUAG